GCUCACUGACACGCACACUGUACAGACUGUGCCUCUCUCUCACUCACACAUUUACUCACUCACUCACUCCCAGCCUGGGAUCUCUGACUAGAGGAUGGAGCAGCAAAAAUAACGGUUUGCCAAGGACGUGAGGCUCCUACUUAAGAUUUUUUUCGCAUAUAUACCAAACUUCUUUUUUCCAUCUCUUGCCAGUCCGUUUUUUUCAAAGAAAUUGAACUCAGCUUUUUUUGACAAAUUAAUUAUUCUCACCCCCUCCCCCUCGUGUGUAAGAUUCUCUGCGCUUUUAACAUCAUCCUGGACCGCAGGAGAACUCAACCGAGAGAAAUAAAGCUGCUGUUUUAUUGACUUUUUCAAAACUGGAGAACCAGAGACUUUGUGAGGGAGAGAGAGAGAAGCUGAAAGAAUUCCUCGGGACUGCGAUGAAGUGAAGGUGUGUUGAUCCUCGGCAGAAGCAGCUUUAGCGCCUGGACUACAGCUGCGACCAGAAGGAAGUCAUUGAACUGCACAGGACUUGAGAAUCAAGCUUUGAAAAUGCACUACUCCAUUUUCACUGUUUUUCUCACGCUGGAUUUCGCAAUGAUCGCCGCUUGCUUGUCGACCUGCAACACCCUCGACAUGGAGCAGUUCAUGAAGAAGCGGAUCGAGGCGAUCCGUGGGCAAAUCCUCAGCAAACUGAAACUCACCAACCCCCCGGAAACUUACCCGGAGCCGGAGGAGGUCUCCAGCGAGGUGAUCGCGAUUUACAACAGCACGAGGGAUUUGCUUCUUGAGAAAGCGAACGAGAGGGCAGCCACUUGUGAACGGGAGAGGAGCGAAGAGGAGUACUACGCCAAAGAAGUUUACAAGAUUGACAUGAACCCAUUUAGCUAUCCUGAAAAUGUCAUCCCAUCCCAACAAUAUAACCCAUACUUCAGACGUGUGUAUUUAGACGUCACCUCAAUGGAGAAAAAUGUUUCAAACCUGGUGAAGGCAGAGUUCAGAGUGUUUCGUUUACAGAAUCCAAAGGCGAAAGUAGAGGAACAACGAAUAGAACUUUAUCAGAUUCUAAAAUCUAAAGAACCUUCGUCUCCAUCCCAGCGGUAUAUUGACAGUAAAGUAGUACGAACGAGAACAGAAGGUGAAUGGCUUUCCUUUGAUGUCACUGAGACAGUUAAUGAAUGGCUUCUCCAUCGAGACAGAAACCUUGGAUUUAAGAUAAGUCUACAUUGUCCAUGUUGUACAUUCGUGCCUUCAAAUAAUUAUAUUAUACCAAAUAAGAGUGAAGAGCUGGAAGCAAGAUUUGCAGGAAUUUAUGACAACUAUCCAAGAGAUUAUUCCAGUGGUGAUAUGAGAAAAAUGAAAAGUAAUGGAAAAACGGCACACCUUCUCCUCAUGCUACUACCAACCUAUAGGCUAGAAUCACAACAAUCUAGUCGACGGAAGAAACGUGCACUGGAUGCUGCAUUUUGUUUUAGAAGCGUACAGGACAACUGCUGCCUACGCCCUCUAUACAUUGACUUCCGGAGAGACCUGGGAUGGAAAUGGAUUCAUGAACCCAAGGGCUAUCAGGCUAACUUCUGUGCUGGAGCCUGUCCUUACUUGUGGAGUUCAGAUACUCAACACAGCCGGAUACUUAGUCUGUACAACAAUAUAAAUCCUGAAGCUUCUGCCUCCCCAUGUUGUGUUUCUCAAGACCUGGAGCCACUCACUAUUCUCUACUUCGUUGGCAAAGUUCCCAAAAUCGAACACCUUUCAAACAUGGUAGUUAAGUCUUGCAAAUGCAGCUAAGAAUGAAUACAACUCCCCUGAAAAUCCCAGGUUCAUCAGUGUUAAACAAAAGAACAAUACAUGGUACUAGUUUGAACUAUUUGGAACUUUUUUUUCGUUUAACUACCAACAGAAGCAAAAGGAAAUAAAAUGUACAUUGAAGGCUUUAUUCCUAUCCUUCACCUACUAAUUUAGUGUGAUAGAUGAGACACAGAACCUUUAAAUUUAAAAGACAAAAACACUGGAAAAAUUGUAAGUGUUAAUAUGUGAAAUAAAAAGAGUCCCACUUAGUGGAAAUGCUGUACAGGUCCCGUGCCUUACUUGAUCUCUUGUGUAUUGUUAUGCAAUUGGCAUCCUAUGUAUACUCCUUUGUUAGGGCACCAACAAAGUCAAAUGUAUUACUGAUAUGUUCCUUGUGGGGAUGUGUUAUUUGGUCAAGUGAUGGGAAAUGACAGCAAGCUUCGUAAUGAGCAAGCAAGUGCCCACUUGCUAUAUGUCAUGUAUGGUAUUGGUCAAAGGAAUGCUGAUAAUUAAAAUUUGUACUUAAAAAUGUGCAUAUUACAAAUAAGAAGAAACAUCAGGUGGAGCACUUCAAACCCAAAGGAUAGCAUGUUUAUAGGAGAUGUGUCCAAUGAAGUAGAAGCAUUCCUGAAGAGAAAAGAGAUUGAGUGACAUGGUGAGACGGUUGAACAUUGGGAUUGAUUUUUCAAAAAAGGGAUUGACUGUUAGAUUUAAGGCCCUUUCCACUUAUGCCCAAAUAUUUUACUCUCUGGAUUAGCUUCAACAAAUUCAUAAGCACGUUACCUGGAAUUUGUCACCUCUGCUUCUGGAACACAGAUUUAUUCGGCAGUCGUGCUGAUUGGACAAUCAUCCAUGGAGGUUGACAUGGUUGAUUUCAUUUUCCAACGUAAAUCAAUGACUGAAAUAUCAGGAAUGCAACAAAUUGAACUCACUACAUUACAGUCAAUCUUUCUUUCUAAGGCACCUUUGCUGAUAUUUUCCACCAGACAUUGGUUUCCACAAAUUUGUAAAUAUAUUUCCAGAUAGUAGAAAUUGUGAAGCUGCACUCCAGCAUAGAUCAGAGAACAGGUUACAGAGGUCGGCAAGCACAAUUUGUGGACUCAUAAUAUUCAAGACAUUAAAAACAGAAAUGCAGUACCUCAGGCACAUUGUUCUUUCUGUCGUGUCUUCAAUCUGGACUCCUGCUGAGCCACACUGCUCAUAAGAAGCAGACUGCUCCAACUCCGGAGCUGAUACAUUUAUAAAUUUUCAACAAUAAAGUCAGAGAGCAAAAUAUAGGGGCUUAUGACCUUUGAUGUCUCUGUUUCUGGAGUUCCAUAUUUCAACUUCAUCUGUAGGAGCAGUUGAGGAAAUAUCUCUUUCUCCCAAACACUGUUUAUGAUAAUCUGCUAAAUUAUACUGGCUUUAUCCUCCCUGUAAAUUGAGCAUCAGCCAAUUUACAAAAUUCCCACUCCAAACCUGCUCAUAACUUUUGUUUUUGAAUGACUUGUUUUUUUUUCCAGUUAUCACUUAAUUAUAAGUGAACAGUUAGCAACACAAAAUUGAAAUGUGUACAGUAUUGUUAAAAAUAAAGAAACUAGCACAACAAUGUGAAAGUGAUGCUUCUGUUUACACCAAGCUUGAAAUAUUUUACCUGUAAGGGCCGUCCCAGGCUGUAACAUCCAUAUGAUUGAAAUAUAUGAUUUAUUUUUUAGGCUGAGGUCGGGCUAAUAAUAAUAAUAAUAAUAAUAAUAAUAAGACGAUACCCUUUUGGUCCAGAAUCAUACUAAGAUUGCUACAACAUGUUGCAAUAUGGAAUGAGAAAAUGUGGGCGCAUGUCUGCUGCACUUCACAUGGUAAACUUUCUGUUUUAGGCCAAGACCAAGUAUUUCCUCGUCGGAAGGAGAAAGAAAACCAGGUUUCCUAGUUCCAUAAAAACCAAGGGGAUGAAAGAUUAUCAGUUGUAUGCAGGAAUGUAGAGUUAAGGCUAUGGUAGGAUCUGUUGCGAUCUUAUCGAAUAGUGGAGCAUGCUUGAAGGGCUAAGUAUUCGUUCCGUAUAUAAACUACAUUUAAAUUCCUAUGAUUUUAAUAGAACCCCUUAAUAAACUUUAUGAACACUAGGAUAGCCCUCUUGCCCAAGACUUUUUCUUUCUCUCACUGUAAAACAAUGGGAAAGGGAAGUUCUGGAAACAUUCUGCAGGAAGGUGAGGCAUGGGGUAUGUCUUCUGAGAGCCACAGGUGAAAGGACAGUGAACCACAAAUAUUCCCCCUUCCUAUGACACUGAAGUGUUGUUUCUUGUUCAGAAAAUCCAUGUUCCACUCCUGGUCUAUAAAAAUGGUCCAAUUUUGAUCAGGAUAUCUAAGUUAAUUCUCAAUUUUCACAGCCCAGUCCCCAGCAGGAUAUGAUAGCCAAAUGCUACCUCUUCAUGAGGAGAUCCAAGUUAAAUUCCUGUUAAGGGACUGCAGAGUGACUACAAGCUGUAGCUAGAUCACUCCUUAUUGAAAAUACAUGCUUCAAAUGCUAAAUCCCAUGUAGGAUAAAAAGGGAAAGUCACAGAGCACUGAGACUAAUUGAAUAGUUCCUUCAAAGAACCAGCAGGCACAUUGGGCUGAUGACUUUUUCUGUGCUCCGAGUCUGUGAAAAGGUACUGGGGUCAGGUAGAGGAUGCAGAUACAUUUACAUCUUGCUUUCGUGAUCUUGGGAUGUUUCUCAUGAUUGACAAUGGAAUAAUAUUUACGGUGAGGCUGGAGAAUAGCAGGGCAUUGCCUAAAUGGUUGCACCUCCAAGCUGAGAAGGACAACAUGAACAUGGGAAUGGAAAGAUUGACCUACAUGGGGAGUUGAAAAACCAACUUUGAUCAAACAUAGACCCUUUAUUCCUUUCAACAUUUUAAUUCAUAUGCCAUUUCAUAAUAAUUUCUAAAGGUUUUUACAAUGUUAAAGUAUGGGAAUGUCCCUGUUGUGACUAUUUCCAUUCAGUUGGGAAAUGUAAAGUAAACAUAAGAUCACUAGAAAAAUAUGCAAGAAACUGUGUGCUAAAAUUUCACAAGUUAACUCAUGGAAAUAAGCAGUGACCUUUGACAGCUUCCACAAGAUAUACAGUGGAAAAUGUGCUGAUGUAGUUGUCUAAAUAAAAUAAAUAUCCAAAUCCUCUUUAUUACUUCUCAUGACUUACUAAUGUGUAUAGGACACUCAUUUAAAACCAUUUGGAAACCCCUACUUCUGUGAUGCUCAUCAUACUAGAUGAUAAAACCGUGUGACUUGUUUCAUAAUACUGUCUAUUCAUUUCAGAUCUAUUUGAAUUGUUAAACUAAUUCCCAUAUGAUUCUCAUUGUUCAUUGGGAUAUAAAGAGUAAAUCAUUUUAAAGGGCCAUUGCCUUCAAGAAAAAUGCCAUUGGCCAACUGUUUUUUUUAUUUGGCAAAGAAGAAGACCCAUGCAUCAUCUUCAUGAUUGUAAUAUUGCCUGCAAAUGACACAAUGAUACAUUUUGGCUGGGUUUGCAUCUAUGAGGUAAUUGUGUCAGACAAAUGAAAAGAUGUUUGCCAAAUACUAUUUUCAUGAAGACAGUGGCCUCAAUUUAGCUCUAAUCUAACACUUCCAAGCAUCAUUUGAAAUUCACAAAGUAUACAUUGUAGAUAAAUACCUGAAUAGCUUCUGACAUCUGGAAUGCCAGUCGUAAGCACUUUUGUUGGGGAUAGCCUAUGUUAAACUCUUAUUAAUGUCAUUCAUUGAGGAUGGUUUGUGGUCUUAUAUAUGAAUGACAUAACAAUUUGUCUUUUAGCUCCAAUAGAAGGAGAUGGGAUGCCAGAAUGUCGAACUAUACUUGAUUGCGCUGGACGCAGCCAAAUGUUAAAUGCUUUUUUUAGAAAAAAAAUCUGUAUUUUGCUCAAUAUUUCCUUCUGUCUUUUUUGCCCCCUUAGAAUGAAAUUUCUUUUCCUCAGGAUUGCACUGAUACUAGUAUUAAGCUUCCUCUUGUAAUGCUGACGUCUUUGAAACUAUUGUUUUUAAAUAUUGUACACGUAUUUCUUGAUCCUUAGUAAAUGUUGGACAUUUGAUGAUCU